AUGCUGAUCCAGGUGGCUUUCAAGGUCUUCGCUAGGGGCAAACCCACAACCGUCUAUGAUUCUCAAUUUGUAACAGGUGCCCUGAGCUUCGAGCUUCAGCUAUCGGGAUGCCAUCUCAUUGUGACCUUGCUGGGGGGCCCCUCUUCGAGAUUAAGGCUGGGCAAUAUGGGUGCUGACAAAAACGAGAACCGCAUGAUUGCCAACCCGCCAGAGUAUAUGCUGGGCAGCAAUGUUUGCCACGCCUUACACUCGACAUUUGUUUCCAUCCCGACAGUCACGGUCCGUGUCCGAGAAACCCGUUUCAUCCCGCCUGGACUGGACAUCAAACAGGAAGGAGUACCAAUAGAUCAGUCGGGCGUCGUCUCCCACAUGCCGCGUCGCGCGUGGCGGCACGGUAGCGUCAGCAAGAGAAAGCAAGUAUUCCCCUUCCCAUGUGGCACCACAUGCACAUACUCUGCCGACUAUUUGACGGCGAGAAUUUCCCGCCAGCCUUCCCUGCUUGGCGGGCUACGACGACAGCGACGCCGGCGGGUGACGUUCCCACUUCUCAUGGCCGCCCAGCCUGCCAGCCAACCCCGGGCCCACAUGUUCGAGGGACACGCUGUCGCCAUGGCGAUUCCCUUUUCGAGCCGGCUCAUUUCUUAUCCCCCCAUUCCUGGCCUUUCAUGGCAUGACAUUAUCGAUGGGUACCUGGGCGUCCGCGGCCCUGACUGUGUCCGCGCAGUCUGCUCACCUUCAAGGAUCAGCCCUGGUCGCCCCAGGACUUUGAGUUAUCCCGUAGUGGAGACUUUUGCUUACAUGGGACGGGUUGAGGGCGCAGAGACGCGCGUCAACCACGCUGCUCUGAGAUGA